CGGAGUUUUUUGCGCGAUGAACAGCUGAACGUCAGGGAAUAGUCGAAUAGUAGUCGGCGGUAGUCAACAUAGCGGCGUAUAAAUGAAGUUCCCUCGAUUGUAUUGUACGUUCUCAAUUAAUUCUACGACCAGAAUAAUGAAAUACGCGUGAGUCAAUAAGGGUGCGGAGUUAAUCAGUACUUCGUCAAGUUGAACCAACUCAAAUGUUCAUAUUCAAGACCCCAUGGAGUUGGCGAAAAUUGUUGUCCCACAGGGACUGCUAAAAACAUGGGAAGUUGUUUCGGGCGAUGUUUACCCAAAUCGUCCUGCCGCAACAGUAACUCGGUUGAUUUCAAUUUUCUCAUUGAAGAGAAUACCUUUCCAUACAAGAAGUCAAGGGGGUUUCUUGAUAAAUGGUUUCUUAGGAGGAAAUCAAAGAAGGGACUACAGCUGCAAAAACCUGUGUUGGAAUUGGUUGAUGACAUGCUGAAUCCACAUCUUUCAUAUUACAAUAGGCUUAGUGAAUCCCAACAACUACCAAGCACAAGUUCUUGUCACAGCAAUGACAUACCUUUACAAUCAUUAGAUGCAAGAGCACUUUUGGCGAAGACCACAGUUUCAACGCCUGCAAGCUCACUAGAUUUGGAAUGGGAACAUGAAAUAGUCCAACCGUCAAUGGUCCCUGACACGUCUGGAAGCUCGUGGACCGCGUUUGGAGAUGACAAUUGCAGUGAAUCUAGUACGCGAAACACAGCUCCAGCGUGCAAUAGUGAGUCGUGGUCGCGCAUAUCUUCGGCUAACUCAUUGGAAUGGGAUAGUGUUCACAAUUCAUUAAAUCCUAGUCCUCCCGCAUCGGAAAUCGACAAUGACACUCAAGUUUUGCUGAACGAAAUUGAAAGGCUCACGUCGCAAACGUUGCAGGAAACUGGCAGAGAUCUGAUUAGUUGAUUAAGAUAAGUGCAGCUCAUGAAUAUAAUUUCACUUUAAAUACACUCUAGUCAAUAAUUAUAAGAAUUUCAUAUAUGAGAAUCCUAUAUGGAAAUAUUUCAGUGAAGCAAUGUAGGAAAAUUAUUUAAUUUCUUACAUUCUCUCAGAAAUAUAUUUUUUAAGAAGAGGGACAUUGUUUCAUUGAAAUUACAAUGAUUUUAUUGAAUGAACCACAAGACUUCAAACUAGUCAAUGAUUGUGGGAUCUGAUAUUCCCUCCAAAUUGAAUACUGAGCUUUAUAGUGCUAAUUUCUAUUUAAGUUUAUUACGUUUGAUUUAAUUGUGAAAGUUUAACCGAUUUGGAAAGGGUGGGACCAAAGGAAAUAGUAAUAUGCAGAGUGGCCUUGGAGACAGUUUGAUGAAAUGGCGCUGGAUGCUGAAAAGAGAAUACUUUAAAUAGAAGGGCUUAUAAUAGAAAUAGGUGAUAAUUUUUAUCAGAAUUCAUAAUUGUGAUUCUCUUAAUUCUCAUAUUUCUAACUGCUAUCAUAGUUUAAAUAUCUGUUAAUUUUAAAUUUUUAAGAUUGAAUCUGGCGAACGCGAGUGGUUUUAAUGUUCAAAGUCAUUACAAUCAACCUAAACUAAAGGAACAUAUCAUGCAAUUUUGUAGAAACUAAGUGCUCAUACAUUUCCAAAUUACAAAUCGAAUCUUAUUUUGGAUGAGAAUCUCUUACUUAUACCUAUAUGAAGUUGUAUUAUGUUUACAAGAACAAAAAAAAAUCAGAUAUUAAGAUGUAUGACAUUGACGAUGCAUAUUCAAGAAUGGUGGUUAGUAAGAAAUAUAAUUAAUUUUGGUAGCUAUAUAUGUAUCUAAUAAAUUGCAUAAGGUUGUAGCAUUGAUGUAUGUGUUUAUUUAAAAAGAUUCAAUAAACAAAUAAUAUUUGUCAAUAGUUUUGCGAAAGACAUAGAAAUGAGGUAAAAAAAUCAAAAGUUUUGUAAAUAUCAUAAAAUUAAUUUACGUGUUAUAUAUAAAUGAAAGGAUAAUUGUUCUAAACCCAUACUUUUAGCGAAAUUUUUAUUAACAUUAUAGCUUUAUUUGAUUUAUCAUUAUAAUGUUAUAACAUGUGUUAUAUAUUCGAAGCCUUUAUGACGAUCUUCAUGUAAAUGUAUAUAUACUUCAGAAGAUGAAAUCAUAUAUUCUGUGGUCAACGUACAACAACACAUCGAAUAGAAAUAAAACAAAGCAAAUUACCAAAUUA